UGUUGCCAGGCGACAUUUGUGACCGAGAUGAAGCGCGGCUACGACACGUUCCGGGAGUCGAAUGGCGGCAACGAGGACAGUGGUGGACGCCGCCCUUCCUCUGCCCGACGACUCGACGAGCCACUGGUCAACGAGAGCAUGCCAGCACCACCCCCACCCUGGGUGCGCAUCGCAUACCGCACGACACGCACAGACAGACACUCACACACAGGACCCACUCAUGUUCUUCUCUCUGAUGUUUGUUAUCGGUUCAGGUCCCUCCUGGUGGUGGCUUCUUCGCCAAUGGCCCGCCGAUGCCACCCGGCCCGCUCUUUUCUUCCUCUCCCGCACCCCAGGCCAACGGCAACGACAGCGGGUGGACGUACCAUCGCUACACGUCCGAGGAGGAGCUGAUGGCUGCCGUGGCUCACGUGCCGAUGUCGCCUCGCGAGGCGCGGGAGAUGGAGCGAGUGGAGCAACAGCUGAGGGCGAGGGGCAACCCGGACACGGUGGGCCGGAUGCAGGCCCCUGACGCCGAGAUGAGGGCACCGGAGCCGCCUGUCACGGUGAGGAAAGGGGAAGGCGGAACACCGACAUGCAUGCACAGGUCUAUUCGUUGCCUCUUCCCUGUGAUGGGAUGGUUCUCCUCUGUUCGGUCAGCUCAACCUCCUGAAGCACUGGAGGCACCGGCUCGGUCAGCAGGCGCCCACCAAGACCGACCAACAAUCAGGCCCGGACAUCUCCGUCCACCGCCCACUCCAGACCGACGCGCAACUCGGAGCCGCCGCAGCGGCUGCGGCCGGCUCCAUCGACCAGCAAGACGUCCAGACUGAUGCUAUGCCGGCCGAGCAGCGCUGGUGGCUCAAGCAGCAGAGCACCAUGACGCCCCUCGGGGGGGCUGGGAGCAGGAGUGCCUCCAUCCAGACGGCGCCGGCCAGGACCGUGGACGUGGGAAUGGGGUUCCCUGCAUCGAGGGACCCUGAUGCUUUUGUAGCGGCUGAGGUGCAGACAGAAGGGACGGGAGAGGGAGAAGGGGGGGCGAGGGGAGGUGGUGGUGACGAGCUGAGGGGCCUCAGCGCCGAUCAGCAGAGGCGUCUGCAGGAGUGGGUUCGGGAUUCGCUGCGUGGAGCGGUGUAAGCGAAGCGAAGCGGGGAGAAAAAGGAGAGAGGGAUGAUGGUUUGGUUUGCAUGACAUGGGACGGGACGCAUAUACUUGUGCUUUCCUUCCUGCUAUGUGGCAUUCAUUGAUGAUGUGUGCAGGGUGAGUGAGGAGAUCCGGGGCAUCUUGGCGUCCCUCGACACGUUUGUGGGCAUGCUGGUCACCGACCCACGUUUGUCAGCUGCAGCUGCUGAUGUGCUCAACUUUGCCCUGCCUGACGUCACGCCGCCCCAAGAGGUAAAUGAACCUAGACACAACACACCCGUCCAUGCCAUUUCUGCAUCUCGUGCUCUCUUCUUUGUUUCGUUCUACUUGCGCAGCCUCCCCCAAUGGCGAUGGCAGCAGAAGAGCAGCGCCAUCCACAGCCAACCCCACCCACACAGCUGCACCCGCCCGCUGCGCCCGUGGCACCAUCUGGCGCUCCAUCGGCUGGCCGUGGUGCCCAGGAGGAGGACGUGGUCAUGGCUGCUGUCCCCGAGCAGGACGUGGUCAUGCCGCCCGCACCUGCUGCUGCUGCGGUGGUGGUUGGGCAAGGAGGGGCGAGGGAUGGCGUUCCGCAAGUGAACCAGGUGGGUGUGAGCGAGAGCAAUGAAGGAGACAUCAUGUGAAUAAUGUGUCCUUCUGCCGUUCAUUCAUUCAUUCAGGGUCCGCGUAAUGGAGGUUUGAAUGGCGGCGCAUCGAGGCCGCCGGUGUCUGCCUCUGUGUCUGGCGAGACCUCCAUGGCUGCCAACGGACUUUCGGGCAUGGGCAUGCAUCUAGUGUCAGGGCUGCAGCCCAACGAAGAGGUGAGCAAGGGCACGGACAAAGGACAAUGGAAUGAAUCCAUGUGAAUGUGCCCACUCUGUCCCCGUCCGUGUGUGCAGAGGUGUGACGAGGAGGAAUCGGACCAAGUGGACAGCGCAGAGGAGGAGGAAGAAGAGGAGGAAGAAGAAGGACCGGCACAAGGUACAUGCGUCAUACACACGCACCCACUCCACCCACACAUCCGCCGUGGAUGUGAUGUGCCCGUCCACUUGUGUGUGUGUCCUCAGGCUUGUCUGGCCUACUCAGGCGUCAGCAGCCUGCAGUCCCGCCUGCUGUGGCCGCCCCCGCCCCCGCCGCUGCCUUCGGGCAGGGCCAGCCCUCUCCCAGCGAGUCAGUCGACGAGGACGAGGACGAUGUCGAAGACGACUUCGAUGACGAGGAGGACGGCUACAUCGAUGAGGAGGAUGAGGACGACGACGAAUAUGAUCGCCUGGCGGGCAGCAGUGCCGACAACGCCAUAGACCUCGAGGACGACGAUGAGGAAGAGGACGGGAAUAACGGGCAGGUCGGGAACGGGCAGGGCCACCACAACGAUGACGCGCCUGCCAACUGAGGGACCGAACGAGGGGGCAUGGGCAGGAGGGUAUGGAUGGAUGGGUGCAUGUGAGAUGGUCGUGUGUGAGAGAGCAGUUUAAGCGUGGACCGGACAGGGUGAGUGCCAUUUGACUGGGUGUCUGCUGCUGCGCGGCAGCGCGGCGUGUGAUGUGUGUGGUGCAAGUCCAUCUGUGUGUUUGGCGCCGUGUUUGCCGCGUUUUUCCUGCCUGACUGCCUGGAUGGUGCUUUGUCGACAUUCCUGUCGAUUGAGUGGUGCGCUCAUUCUUCGCGCCUGGUGGCAAGGGUGAGGGGAUCUGUCCAGUUCCCUCAGUCUGACCACCAUGCCCGAGGACACAGCCGCUGACAGUCGACACACACACACACACACACGAGGCCGGACAAUGAAGAGGGAUCUCUUUAGCCAAAGAAUGGAGGACGUUGCUGACGUGCACUGCAGCACUGCAAUGGGCAACCGCCUUGAACUACUGCUCGCCAGCUGAGGCUCUGCGGGCAUCCGUAAAAUCAGACAGGAUGGGACAAACAGAGAGAGGGAGACACUGCAUGACAAGC